UUCGUGUAUUAAUCGGACAACUGCCUGAAAAAUAGAAAAGAUGAGUAUAUUAUUGAAACAAGAAUCUAUAUAAAUAUCGAUUGUUCGCAACGGUAUGGAAACUAUAACCAAGAAAGCUAGAAAGAUUAUUAUUCAAUCGACUGCUCUUGCAUUUCGUUUGAUUUUUCAUUUCUAGAUGAAAAUGAAGCCACUUAAAGCUAUUUUGUGCUUGACAGUGUUACUGGAAAUAAGCAACUGCGUGUUUUCAGAACCAUUACGAACGAACACAACUGAGCCACUCCACUUGGCACAUACAUGUUUAAGAAUUACAUUAAAUGGUCAAAAAGAUGACCGAGCACCAAUUCUCUUAGUGCAUGGUUUUUUGGGAUUUCAGGGAAUGUAUAUGGAUUUAAUGCAUGAUCUCGCAUUAAAAACAGCUAGAAAAGUAUGUACCGUUGACUUGCGUAAUCAUGGAGACAGCCCAUGGAGCAAUGAUACAGAUCUUAAAGCUAUGGCUUCAGACUUACCUCUUUUAAUGAAAACACUUGAUACAGAUAAACUAGUUAUACUUGGCCAUAGCUUGGGAGGAAAGAUUGCUGUCGAUUUUACUCUAACAUACCCAGAAAAGGUAGAGAAGCUAAUCGUGGAAGAUAUGCGACCGAAUGGCCUCAGUGAAGAAGUUCAAAAGCGGUAUGGUGGAAAUUUGGAUUAUUUACGAGAUGCUUUAAGACUCAUUCCUGAAGGUGCAAAUGAAGAUAAAGCCAAAAAAAGAAUUGUGAGUUUUUAUAACUCUUUAUUGAAAUUGAUGGAUAAGACUCUAAGUUACGAUGAGAAGUUCGUUGAUUACAUUCCAAUAAAAUUCUCAGACAGCAAAUGGAAAUGGAAAGCAAACCUUGAUGUUCUUGACAAACUCCAGGCAGAUCCUGUAAAACAUCUGACUAUUAUUGGUGGUAAAUAUGAAAAGCCAGCUCUUUUCAUUUAUGGAGAACAGUCUGUGUUCAAAGUUGGUGACGUUAAAGAGGAGAUUCUUGAACUUUUUCCAAACGCCCAGUUAUAUUCAGUAAAAGGUGGCCACCAUGCUAUAAAUGGAUAUCCUGAAUACAGAAAUGAAGUCAUAAACUUUAUCAAUGCAGAAUGAUGAAAAGAUGUGGAAAAAAAUAUAACUCAAAGUAAAGCACAAAACUACGUAAUAACUACAAAAAGGUCAUAAAUACAUUAUUGACAUUGAUUCUAUAGACUUGUUCCUUUCAACCAUAUCAGUUUCAUGUAAAACAGGAAUAAUAAAAGAAUGUCCUUAACUGAAUAAAUAAUCUGAUUCUAAUAUUA